AUGCACCCCAAGCUGCUAUCGGUCACUGUCAAUUUCAAUGACGAUGGUCUGGUUGGUGGUCCUCAUCCUAGUAGAUCAGCCCUUCUCAUCGCGACUCCAACUUUGGCCGACUUUCAUGCGGCAUUCAAGGGGCUUCUGCGCGACACCGUAUCAGGGAUCAGUGCUCCUUACGGCGACUUCAAAAACUACGGUCGACAGCGAUUGCGGAAGUUCCUGAAAGCAUCGGGAGAUGAUGGAAACGGGCAUCACAGUGAGGCCACGAUUGUUGAGGAAGCGUUACAGAAGGACCGACGAUUCAUAACAGCGUCGGAGAAGAUAUUCGAUAGAUUGUGUGUGGAUUUCGAGACGGCGUUGGAGUCUGCUCAGCGACAGCUAGUUGAGUACAGAGAGAUAUACGAAUACGGUCGAGCCUGGGAUGAGGAGAAAUUCCUCGCAAAGAUGAAGUUCAUCAGCGCUGAUGGUGGUCAUUCUAUGGUUGUGAUCGGCUGCGAAUGCUCUGCCGCAGAACCGGAAGGAAGGCCUGUUGAUCCAGUAGCAUUGCAGCGAGAGAUGGCGCGCAUGACGGAGUUCAUCGGGAAGGUCGAUAGAUUGAAUAAUGUUCAAAGUGUGGGGGCGCUGUCAGUAGAAGCGAGAAAGUUGAAGCAGUUGUUGGCGCCGAUACCCCAGCGAGCUUUGGUGACUAUGAAGGGUCUUCUACUGUCGGUCCUUCGGGAAGAGUGUAAAGCAGCGGGUGAAAAAUACAUAGCUGUUAAUCACGAGCUCGACCAGAGACCGACCAAGUUGGAAUCUUUCGUGAGAUAUUUGGAAAUGCUGGAGCGGUUGAAGGAGGAAGAGCUGAGUGAACUGGAGAUGGCUAAAGUCGAAGUUGAAGACCUCUAUCUUCUGGCUCGACAAUACAAAAUGAAGGUCUCGGUUGAUGACAGUGUGAAAUUAGAAAGUCUCAUGCAGUUGUCGACAGACUGUAUCAACAGUAAACUACCGGCGGCUUGUGAGUACACUAGGGCGGAGAAACGACCAAUGAUGGAGGAACUACAUGCAUUAGCGCAUACACUGGAGGAGACCGCCAGGGGUAUGAGGGAGACCAUUACUGAUCCAGAAGGGAGAUUCAUGGCGUUAGGAGAGGCUAGAUGGGCGGUGGCUGAUCAAGUUCUGGAAGAGUUGGCUGAGAUGAAGUCGUCUGGGGCUCAGCUGAAGCAACGGAUGGAGUGGGCACAGCAAAGCGAGAAGUUCAUCGACGUGAGUAGCAUAACGCAUCCUUUCUGUGAGAAGUCCGCCGCUAUCUACAGGAGCACGCUGGGGAUUUCCCUAUGGCAUAAGCUUCUGUCGAAAUGGUUGGGAGAAGGAGUUUUCACGUGCGACAUACCCGCUUUCAAGGAAGCUUGUUCAGUCCGUGUUAAGCCUGCCCAGGCUGCCCUCCAAGCUGGCAAUAGUGGUCUGAUGAGUGGCGGACGAACUAGUCCGCAAAGUGGUUUCGAUUCUGAACGAUACGGAGAAUUAUACAAGGCUUUGGUCCAAGACAUCGUUGAGGUCUGGCAGCGAUGGAAUUGUUCAGUGUUGGAGGAGAUUCGCUUGCUCAGUGCCAAGCAAUGGGAAACCCUCAUCGAGCAAGCUGGCUUGUCGCUCCCGACGAAGCUGUCUGCCGUCACGGUCGGUGCUUUGAUGCUCUUGGUCACUUGA